CGAGCUCGUUCAUUUUUUCUCAUCUUUCGCAUGAGCUCCCCCAACUCAGGCUGGCAGCACAGGUCUCAUUCUGGUUUCGGCACGGCUUCCUCAUCCACCGCUCGAUGGACGCAUAACGAGGAAAUUCCCAUGGGUCUUCACUCCGAAAAGGCAACUCCUAUUGACGAAAAAAUCACUCUCACUCAGUCUGCGAGACUUACUCCGGCAAAUGUCGACGCUCUUCUCCCACCCCCUGUCAUAGCAAAUACAAAGCAAGGCUCUUCCUCAAGCAGCCGACAAAAGCGCAAACAGGCACGUAUAGACGGAGGCCUUCGGGUUCGUUGGGAACGCCUGCGCAGACGGUUGGGCACCGGGACCUCGCCAUCGACCUCUUCAAUCAUCGAGGAGAGCACAGCCCAGAGUAGUAUUACAGCUGGACGGGCGCCGAUCACUCAGAAUGAAGAUGGAGAUGAGGUAGACGAGGUAGUAAUCGAUAGGAACUGGCAGGAGGAGUUGAAGUCGUCUACUUCUCAUUCCGAACAAGGGGCCAGUCCCGAGAAGUCGAACAGCCAUCACCACGGAGGGACGACGACGGACCAUGACAGUCUUUUCUUUCACGCCACCGGCUUCUGGGCUUCUUGCUGGCCACUCAUUAUGCUGCGCUGGAGGGUAUGGCCUGCCAUCGUCGACUUCUUUGUUCUCAGAUUCAUGGAUCAAAAGGCGGAGAUUCAUUAUGCGAAGGAGAGCUGGUUCAUGCGCAAGUCGCUUGCGCUCUGGGCUUCAGUUUUCCUGAUCAUCAACUGGGUUUUGGCCGUCAUCUUUCUUCCUGGUCCGCGUGUUUUGGCUGACGACAUCUUUUACUAUGGGAUCACACCCGCGCUCACCUUUCCGAUCCUGGGUAUGGUCAUGUACGACUGGCCGCGCGACAAGUCAAACCUUUAUCAGGUUUUCCUGACGUUCUCCAUCUGGUCCUGGGCAUGGUAUCAAAUCGCCGACAUGUACGCUUGUGGGUAUUUCACCGGAACAAGGUCGCACUUCACGUGCGGCACCAAAGAUUUCCUCGCGACAUUCUACUAUACAACCGGAAUGCAGACCAUUGCGCUCUUUGGAUUGAAAAUGAAACGUCUCCCGGCGCUCAUUGGUGCCGUCACCUGGUUCGUCUUAACUUGUGUGCUCAUUCUUCCGGCACGCACGUCCUGGGUCAGAAACGUCCUCAACUUCGCUGUCUUCCAUGGGUUCUUGAUCUAUGUGCAUUACAUGCGCGAAACGGCGGAGCGCAGAUUGUAUACCUUGCGCGACCAACUCAAGGUGCAGUUCCGUGCGACGCAGAAGGCGCAAGUCAACGAGCGUAAGGCCUCGGACUCAAAGAGACGGUUGACUUCAUACGUCUUUCAUGAAGUCCGGGUUCCAUUGAACACCGCACUCCUGGCGACCCAGAACAUGGAGGCUUCCGGCGUGGUACCGCAGGCUCAAGAGAUCGAGUUCAAAGCUCUGGAAGGCAGUUUAGCUAUGAUGUCCAAGGUCCUCAACGACGUGCUUGACUUCAAUCGGAUGGACAGUGGGAGAUUCGAGUCCGUGUUCAAGCCGUACCCCUUCCAUCAAGUCAUGCGCUCCCUCUUCGUGCCUCUCCGACUCGCCGCCGACGCUCGCAACCUCUCCUUCAUCACCGACCUCGACAAAUGCAUCGACGAAGUGGCCCGUCGGGCCGCCUACACCGCGCGUGGCCUCACCGCCGAACAGAUUUCCUCCAAGUUUGAAGCUGAUCCUUAUGCGGACGGGAUCGUGGUGGGCGACGAGACGCGAUUGAUGCAGAUCAUUACGAAUUUGGCGAGCAAUGCGUGUAAGUUUACGCCGCCGGGGGGUAUGCUGAAGAUUACGACGAGGUUGAUCGUGCCGGCUUGUGCGUGUGGGUUUGAUGUGCCGCCCGGUGGAGACGACGAGGACGACGACGAGGAUGAUCGGGACCAUGAGGGUGAAUGCGACGAUGACGACGAGGACGAGGAUCAUGACGAUGAGAAGGUUGCGGGAGGGAGGGAUGUGGGGCAGGAAAAUCCGGAGAGGAGGAAACAGAGUGGAAAUAGGAUGGGGAAGGGGAUGAGUGCGGCGCACCGGGGGGAUAGUCAGGGCUCAGAUGGCAUGACGAGACUUUCGGCGAAUAAGAUUAGGGAGCAUAAUGCGAGACAUGAGAGGCAGCCGGAGAGUAUCGUGGUGAGAAUCGAGGUGACGGAUACUGGAUAUGGCAUUCCACCGAAGGAGAUGGUGCAGAGCAAGCUGUUCUCUGCGUUCAAUCAGACAGAGAGAGGGAAGCAGCAGGGUGGGAAAGGGACCGGCUUGGGUCUCGCACUUGUGAGGCAGAUCGUCAAGAGAAGUGGGGGACGAUUGGGUGUGAUGUCGAAGGUUGGCAAGGGAUCGACAUUCUGGGUCGAACUACCGUUCGGUGUGGGGGCGAAAGCCAUCGUCGCUGCUCCUUCGUAUAGUGGGGCACAACAUGCAGAGCGGAAAGAGGCCACCGGGCAAGCUCUGGCGGCGGGUAUGAUGGAGAAUGCAACGGCGACGCUGCUCCCGACAGUUGAUAGCAAGGUCGGGGAAAACGGCCCUGGACCGUACAUGGCGCAAGUCUCCCAGACGCCCUCUGCUCUCCAGUCGCUCAUGGAGCAAGGUGGUCUGGUCGAGUUUGCCACCCGGUCGAGCGAGAACCCUUCCAAUCCUUCCAUCAUCACACGAACGCUCAAGGACACACUCAACGGUAUCCCUAUCAGUGCUGAAGCCGCUGUCCUAGACGGAAUUGAGCCGGGCCUGUCGACAGCUAUACCGCCAAUAUUGGACGAAGCGGAUCGCAACAACUCAGGCAACUCGGACACGCCAACCCUCAGGCAGCCCGCUCCUCAUAUGACCCUCCCUCCUCGUGCCUUCGAUGCACAAGGCCAGCCGAUGACCGACGCUUAUCCUGCAGAUCUGGCAACGAACGACGCGCCUAGUCCUGCGUAUAGUACGCCACCGAGUUCCGCCGGUCUGAAUAUCCAUACUUCUCUCACAUUACCUGCACACGACUCGUCCGCACCAGAAUCCGACUCACAACCUCUACCACCACCUCCAAGACCGUCAUCGACACUACCUCAGCCACCGCCUACACCACCGCCAACACUAACUCAUAAUCCAUCAACGAAGCCUAAAAUGCCCACCGUGCCCACUGGUCUUCACGUCCUUGUAGUCGACGACGAUCCCCUUACGCGAAUGCUCAUGAACAGGAUGCUCACCCGUCUCGGGUGUGUGGUCUCUGUAGCUGAAAACGGAGAGAUCGCACUUGAAAUGAUAUGUGGCUCGCGUACCGUACGGCCGGGGUCUGUGGUGGGUAGUACAGGGAGCGCAAAGCCGACGCCUUCGUCGGAGGAGCCACCGAGCAUUCGGUUCGCAGAUGAUACGAGGCCGAGUACGGAUGGAGGUUCGGGCGCGGGUACGGGGACUGGACUGGGGACAGAGGAGAGUAAGUAUUCGAUUGUGUUUUUGGAUAACCAGAUGCCGGUGUUGAGCGGGCUGAAGGCGGUGGCGAAGUUGAGGGAGAUGGGGAGGACGGAUUUCGUUGUGGGUGUUACGGGGAAUGCAUUGUUGAGUGAUCAGGAGGAGUAUCUCGAGGCCGGGGUGGACUAUGUGUUGACGAAGCCGGUGCUAGAGCGGAGCUUGAGGAACAUGCUCGUCAUGGCGGAUGACAGGAAUAAGCACGAUGCUGCUGCAACUGCCAGUGAUCCUGCACCCCCAUCUUGACAUUAGCGUGUGUUUGAUUUUGCUAUCCUAAUUUGCUGCUUUUUUUUCGGCUUGAUCUCUUUGCAUCUUUUAA